UUUUAGUCUGACGUUUCUCGAGUCGCUGGUUCCUUCUGGUACUGUGAACGGAUGUUCCUCCACUCCAGGUAGAAAGUACUGUACUCACUUUGAUUGCUCGAUAAUUUGUCGCUGCGCUUGCGAAGCAGUCCCGUAGGAUGCUGGAAGGCUUGUGGCACUUGUGCUAUCGUUCUCCAAAGGCCGAUUGCUGUCAGUGACUCAUCUAAAAGUGCGCCAGAGCAAAAUCCUGGAGGUUGAAAGUGUAGAGCAAGGCGUUCAUAUGUGUUGGUGCAGGCGAGGUUGAAGUGUUUUCGGAUUGGACUGAUUCGAUGGACCAGCUAGUAGGCCUUGUGGCAGCAGCCAUCAUUUGCGGCAUCGUUUAUUCGAUUCUGCUGGAAUGGUGGUUGAAAGUCUGGCUGCCAAGCAAGAGAUUACCUCCGGGACCAAAACCAUGGCCGCUGGUCGGGAGUCUCUUUCAGGUGCGGAGCAUGUUACAUGUGGCGAACUUUUUGAAGGCAACGCAGAAAUUGGAGUCCAAGUACGGGAAGACGCUCACGUUUUGGAUCGGACAGAGGCCUGUCAUCGUCAUCAACGAUCCUCAAUUGGCGCACGAGGCACUGAUCAAACAGGGUGCAUCGUUCUGCAGCAGAUGCAUGUUCUCGUCAGUGGGUGCCCUGACGAGAGGCUUCUGCACGGUCAACAGUUCUCCUCAAGGACCUUUCCUGAGCAGCAUAAGAAGGAACAUGAUCACGAGCGUGUUCACUCCGAAAGCUCUGAACAAAUGGGAGGUCCAGAGGGAGGCGGCCAUCGAAGAUGUGAUCGUCCAAAUCAGGCAGUCGAUAACAGAGAACGGCGGCUGGGCGCGUGUGAACAUCACGACGGUGAUUCGACCUGCUUUCUACAAGUAUGCUCUAUACCUCUGCUUCGGAAUGUAUGUGGAAGAGAAGGUCCUGAUGCAGAUCGACGAAAUAGUAAACGCAAGAGCCCGAAGCGUUUGGUCCAUAUACGUCGGCGACUACAUCCCUGCCUGGAAAUUGGUCGAGUGGAAGCAUCGACGCAACGUCACACGCCUGCAGCAGGAGGUGGAGGACAUCAUGCUGCCACUCAUCCGAAGGAUUCGCGAGCUCAAAGGCUCAGACGAAAUCAUUCCCGGGACUUACGCCGAAAGCCUACUCAACUUGCAGGACACAGACCCGCGACUUCGAGACGAGGGCAUAACUUGCCUUUGCAGCGAGAUGCUCACGGCCUCUUCUCUCUCGGUGACAUCUGCAGUACGAUCGGGGAUGUCCGUGCUCAGCGAGAAUCAAGAGGUCCGAGAAAAAUUGCUCGACGAGAUCGACCGCGUGGUCGGGAACAAGCCAGUGGAAGAAUCGCACCUGACUCAGAUGCCGUACCUCGCAGCCUUUGAAAAGGAGAUUCUUCGGAUGUACCCUCCGGCCAUAACGCCACCUCCUUAUGCCGUCGUCGAGGCUUGCAAGCUCGGCAAUUACGACAUUCCGAAGAACGCCGUCAUUUAUUUCCACAUCCACGCGUAUCAUCAAGACCCCACGGCGUGGCCCGAUCCCACCGAGUUCAGACCCGAGCGCUUUUUGGAAGAGGAGGUGGACAUGAGUUGUAAAAAGGAGGUGAAGCUGAUGCCUUUCGGUGCGGGCAGGAGAAUUUGCCCCGGAAUGAAUCUGGGCUUGAUGGAAGUGUCGAUAUUGAUCGCGCGCCUGCUGCAGAACUUCGAAUGGAGUCAGGACGACAUGACAGCCCCGUCCACAGACACGAAUGACUCGCGUCCUGCUGCCUUGUCGGCCCUUGCACCCAGCUCGGAGAGCUUAAGGAGGGGAAUCAUGAUUGCUCGGAUCAGACAGGCCCGAAAGCAACCAUCGUAACUAAUUGUGGUGUUGAGACUCAGAUCGCUGGAGUGACAUCAUGCAGUCAUUAUCCCAUGCAUGGAAAUCUCAUGCCGAAAUAAUGGGGAUCCCGUGCCUUCAUUGUCUACUGUGACAAGCAAGGCGAACGAGUUCUCUUCUGCGAAAUCUCAUCAUCUCGUGACGUGAAACAAUUUUCUAUAUACAAUAAACUACUAAAAUCUGACUGCCAACUCGUCAUCUGUAUUCUUCAAAAUUCGUUCAAAGCACUUUAUCCUGAGCGGUCCACUCUCAGUAAUUUGAAUGGACGAGGAUGGAUUGUGUAGAUAGUUCAACAAGUAUUCCUCGACCAUUGAGAUGUGUAGUAGUAAUACCAUGUAUAGUAUACAAGACAUAUAUUCUCGGCGGAGAAUAAAUCUAAC